CUCACGUGUCCCGUCAGUUUCGAUUCUGCGCGAAAGCUUCAAACUUUCCCCGCAUCUGAAAGGGAAGCCGAAGGCCCGAAAACCCCAAUCUGAGGCCUCAAUCGAAAUCAAAUACAAACAAUAAAUCAAGUUCGAUUUUUUAAACUAGGAAUUUGGAAGAUAAUUAGAUAACAACACCCUUUUUCUUCUUUUUUGUUUGAAAUUCUGAAAACUUUGGAAAGAGAUGACGGAAGACGGUGGCUCUAGGGUUUCUUCCGAUGACGCCACUAUAAGCAAUGAUGCUUCAAAGACACGAAAAAGGAAAAAGAGAAAGUGGGAUCAGCCUGCAGAGGCUUUUGUUUCGGCUGGAUUUGCUGUCCCAUUUAGCAACAUUGGAACUCUUGCUGCAAGUGGUAUAGCUGUUACACCAUUCUUUCAACAGCAUGCUGCUCCAGUGGUAUCAAAACAAAAUCAAACUAAAAUCCAGGAUGAAUUAGUGAUUGCUAGAGAAAUUGUAAUAAAUGAUGCGGAAUCUUCUGUUCGGCACAAGCUUACAAAGCGCCAGACACAGGAAGAGAUUCAAAGGUGCACUGGUGCUGUGGUGAUAACUAGAGGCAAGUAUCAACCACCAAUUGCUCCGCCUGAUGGUGAAAAGCCUCUCUAUCUUCAUAUAUCUGCCACCACUCAUUUAAAAGAGACAGCAGAGCGAAUUGUAGCUGUAGAUCGUGCAGCUGCCAUGGUUGAAGAACUGUUGAAACAUGGUCAGAGCUCGCAGGCAGGUACUUCCCCUUUUAAGGAAGCUGUGAUGAAAGGUGUGAAGGCAUUUAGCACGUGUAUAUUUGGGCUUUGAUGCAGACCCCUCACUGAAUGUUGCCAUAAGUAUUCGUGGACCAAAU